ACCAUACGUUUGGACAUCAGUACUUCCUCUUCCUACCUCACUAUUAGGUCUACUGACUUUGAAAAGGCGGUAUUUUAGAGCCACACUUACACAUUCUUGUAAUCGGUGCUGAGAUCAACAUGGCAGCAAAGGGGAGUCUUGUUAGCGGUGGUGUGACGUUGCUCCAUACUGAGAGUGAAGGGAAACACUCCUAUGAAGUGAAGAACUUUUUAAACUAUAACAAUGGAAUUUUUGUAAGAAAUGGAGAUAAAGUCCUGAUGCUAAAUGGGAAAGACACUGAAGGUUUAUGUCCAGAUGAAGUUGCAGAGAUUCUGUCUGAAGGAUCCCCCCUACUGACUAUCCAUCAUCCCUGCAAGGUACAAACAGAGUGUACAUCUGAGGAGAUCAGAGCAUACAAAAAGGAGCCGACAGUCAUAAAUUUCAGCCUGAUGAUGGUAAAAGAGGAAAAUCUGGGGACAGGUGGCCACCAGGAAACAACAUAUCCAGAAGAAGAGUUGGAAGAUACGGACAUCAAGGAUGACUGUUUCAGUGAUGAAGAAUUUCUUCUUGUCUCAUUUGGUGACACAAGCUUCUCCAUGGUGGUUUCUCGGGGCUCGGAUGCUGACAACCCUUGCCACAACUGUGGAGAAACAGAUUACCAAUUUAACGAAGUUGUUGUCAUGCCUGAGACAGCUGAGAUUGCCUUUAAUCGUUCACGGAUUGUGAGAAUGAUGAAAGAACGGAGUAAUCUGUUCCUGAAGAGUUACAUCAAGGGCAAGUAUGUCACCCCAUCAAGGGAGCAGAUAUUUUUGAAGGACACCAUGUCAGAUAAACGUUGCUGGAAUGAUCUACCCUUUUCAACUCCAAUGGGCUAUAUUUGUGCUAAAAGCAUGUGAUCAGAUGAAAUUGUGCUUCAGAGGUACUUUUUGUCCUCCAGGCAUGUAAAUGUAUUCUGAUUUUGCCAUCUUCAAUCUCUUUCGGAUUCAUUAUGAAUUGAAAUGUAUCUUCUCUUCUGAAUUGUAUUAAACUUCUUUUG